UCCAGAGCUGGUUCACUUCCUAUAGGGACUGAAAACCAAGUGAGGAGAUGAAGGAUUGCACCGUACUACACUAGAGAAUACAGAGGAUAGACACUGCAGAUAGAUCCUGACCAUCACCCAAGGAACAACUGCACAACGAUGGGAAGACAUCCAGUCCCUUCACAGCAUUGCUCAACACAGAGCAGGUUGGGCAGUGAAACCAUCAUCUGGAAAUCAGUCGGGUCAGGAGAGCUUUGACAUAUCAUCAGAUCUGAAACUGGCCAGUGGUGUGGAGCCUUCCAUCAGAACCAACUUUUCUGAAGGUUCGGCUGUGGUCAGGGUGAGGCUGGGAAGAAGUCUGAGUGGCUCCAGUUGUGGUUACAGCUUCAAUAAUUCAUCGAGCCCAAGACCCACUGACUCAACCCUAUAGGUGAGGGGCAGUUCAAGGUACGAGGUUGUGAGGAGGGCUGCACACGUUCAAUUUCCCUGACACACAAACUGCAUUUGUUGAACAGUAACAUGGAAAAGAAACUAUUCAAGUGGGGGGCAGGUGACCAAGAUUCUUCAAAAUCAUCUACUCUCAUGAAACACAAAUGCAUCCACACCAUGGAGAAACCAUUCAUAUGUGAGGUGUGUGAGAAAUCAUUCUCACGGUCAUCGCAUCUCCAUGCACACCAAUACACUCACACGGGGGAAAAACCAUUCAAAUGUGAAGUUUGUCAUAAAUCUUUUGCCAUAUCUACAACCCUCCUGACACACCAACGUAUUCACACAGGUGACAAACCCUUCAGGUGUGAGGUUUGUGAGAUGGCUUUCUGCCACUCGUCUGAUCUCUUGAUACAUCAGAGGAUUCACACAGGUGAGAAACCUUUCAGGUGUGAGGUGUGUGACCAAGCCUUCACUCACUCAUCAACGCUUGUGAAUCACCGACGCAUUCAUACCGGUGAGAAGCCGUUCACGUGCGAGGUGUGUGAUAAAUCAUUCUCGGUCUCAUCACAUCUUCGCCGACACCAACGCCUACACACCGGGGAGAAACCAUUCACGUGCACAAUGUGCAACAAAUCAUUCUCACAGUCUUCACACCUCCGACUUCAUCAACGCAGUCACACCGGGGAAAAGCCAUUUCGAUGUGAAGUGUGCAAAAAAUCAUUUUCAAACUCGACCCACCUCCGUGUGCACCAACGCAUUCACACCGGUGAGAAACCGUUCACGUGUGAAGUGUGUGACAAAUCGUUUGCGCGACCGUCGCACCUCCUCGACCAUCAACGCAGUCACACAGGGGAGAAACCAUUCACAUGUGGGUUGUGUGACAAAUCCUUUUCAAGGUCAUCAACCCUCCUCGAUCACCAACGCAUUCACACCGGGGAAAAACCUUUCACAUGCAAUGUGUGUGAUAAAUCGUUCUCAGACUCAUCGAAUCUCCGUGUACACCGGCGCAUUCACAUGGAGGCAAAAAUAUUCACAUGCUAGGUAUGCUACAUAUCAUUCUUGAUCUUAACCAUUUCCGCCGGCAUUACCAAAUUCACAGGAAAGAAUAUGGUCAGAUGUUAGAAAAAUCUUCACAUAUUUAAGAAGUCUCCCGCACCAUUAGAUAAUCCAAAGGGAAGAGACCCAUAAAGUGUAAGGUUUGUGGUGAAACUUUUAUAAAACCAACAAAUCUCCUAAUAAAACAGAAGAUUCCUUUCAGGCAUGUGACCAAACCUUCACACAGCCAUUGAACCUCUGCUAGGUGUGAAGUGUGAGAGAUUGUACUCAAGGUCAUUGUAACUCUUGCCCUAUCAGUGGAAUCCAAAUGGGGUAUAACCCUUUAAAUAUGAUGUUUGUGACAGAACUUCAACCAAACCUCCAAUCUCCUGGAGCAUCUUGGAGCUGCACUGGUGAGAAACCAUUCAGGUCUGAAUUAUGUGACAAGGCUUUUCGGUCUACCAAUGCACUCACAUAUAUACAGAAACCCUUCUGGACUUCACACAAUUGUCGGACAUCCUGGAACAUCGAUGAAUGUACACAGGAGAUAAUCCCUUCCAGUGUGAUGUGUACCAGGAUUGUUUCACCACCUCCUCUCUCACCAUGGACUCACCAUAUCUCCACAUGGACUUGAAACUUGAUCAUCUGCUUCCAUUGCACUGAGAACUUGUCUAUGUUGCUUACCCUUCAGUGCUCACACACAGGGGAACUGACAUUCCAAAGCCCUAUCUGUCUCCCAUCAUCAGUCCAAUCAUUUCAAAAAUGUCAAGUUAACCGUAGAUCAGAUCACCAAAUGAAGACAUGAAUAUGUAUAGAAGCUCCUACUCAUGCACGAAUAUCACUAAGUCUCUAGGAGGGUUUCCUCAACCACAGGAAGUAGGUGAUUAAGGAGAAAUGUGUGUCUGGAUUAUCCCUGCUGUGGAUAAGAGGGAAAUGCCUCCAUAGUUUGUGCAGUGUAAUUUAUCUCCCUUCUUAAAUAUAGUUACAAUUGCCACAUUCCUGAGGUCGGGGAAAGUUCUUUUUCCUCUCAAAUCCAUAGGAUGAGUUCACAGUAUCUUAAACUAUGCAAAAGCUUUGAAAGGUUCAGCUGGAAUUCCAACAUGGCCACAGACUUUGGUGUUUCUCAUCUGGUAGAUUGCUUGUUGCAACUCUCCCAUAAAUGGUGACUCAUAGAAACGUAGAAGCUGGGAGUAGGAGGAGGCCACUCAGCCCUUCGAGUCUGCUCCACCAUUCAUUACGAUCAUGGCAGAUCGUCCAACUCAUUAGCCUAAUUCUGCCUUCUCCUCAUAACCUUUGAUAUCAUUCACCCCAAGUGCUAUAUCUAGCCGCCCCUUAAAUACAUGCAAUGUUUUAGCAUCCACUACUUCCUGUGGUACUGAAUUCUAUAGACUCACCACUCUUUGGGUGAAGAAAUGUCUCCUCAUCUCCAUCCUAAAUUGUCUACCCCAAAUCCUCAGAUUGUGAUCCCUGGUUCUAGACACACCCACCAUUGGGAACAUUCUCCCUACAUCGACCCUGUCCAGUCCUGUUAGAAUUUUAUAAGUCUCUAUGAGAUCCCUCCUCAUUCAUCUGAACUCUGGAAAACACAAUCCCAACCUAUUCAAUCUCUCCUCAUAUGUCUGACCCGCCAUCCCCGGAAUCAGCCUGGUAAACCUUUGCUGCACUCCCUCUAGACCAACAGAUUCCUUCCUCAGAAAAGGAGGCCAAAACUGCACACAAUAUUCUAGGUGUGGCCUCACCAAGGCCCUGUGUAACUGCAACAGCACAUCCCUGCUCACCCAUGGAUUCACCCAUAGAGAAUGGGGGGAUGGACUGGAGGGUAUCAGCUGCCCCUGUAUUUGAGAAAUGGUUCAGAAAGAUUUCUCUUGUGUUAAUUCCUAAGAAGAGAAACAUUGGUCCCAUGGAUGAAAGGGAUUUUGUCUGUAUGACCUUGGUCCUGGUGACUGCACAAAGAUUCACAUUAUUAGGAUCAGCAUAUUGUUCUUUCAAGCUUUCUCAUCCCACCACACGUUCUUUACCUUUUAGAUUUGUCUCUUGGGGUCAGUUUGAGAUGCUGCCUCCUUGACCUGUGACAAUGGGUUGCUCUAUAAGCCAUGAAGGCUGAUUGUUUUAGUUCCAGGAGGUCACAUCUAGCAAUGUACGUAGAAACAAGGUGCAGCAUUAGGCCAUUCGGUCCUUCAAACCUGCACCACCAGUCAAUAAUAUCCUGGCUGAUUUGAUUGCAGCCUCAGCCCACCUACUCCCAAGAACAUUUCACUACUUUGUCAGUCAAGAAUGUACCAACUUCAGCCUUAAAAAUAAUCAAUAACCCGGCCUCCACCUGUCUCUGUGGAAAAGUGUGCCAAAGACCUGUAACCCUCUGAGAGAAAAACUCCAUCUCAUUUCCAUCUUAAAUGGAUAACCACCUCCAUUUAAAGUGUGCCCUUAAUUCUGGUUUCUCUCACAAAGACUUUAAUUAUCCACCUUGUCCAGUCACAGAGGAUUUCAUAUAAAGACAGAGUCACAUAGAGUGGAAACAGACCCUUUGGUCCAACUCGUCCAUGCUGACCAAGAUUCCCAAACUAAAUUAGUCCCAUUUAUCUGUGUUUGGCCCAUAUCCCUCUUAAACCAUUCCUAUUCAUGUACCUGCAUCUACCACUUCUUUUAGCAGUUCAUUCCACAUAUGAGCCACUUUCUGUGUGAAAAAGUUACUCAUCAGGUCCCUCUUAAAUUUUUCUUCUCUCACCUUAAAAAUAUGCCCUCAAGUUUUGAACUCCCCUAACCUGGAGAAAGGACCUUUGCUAUUCACAUUAUCUAUGCCUCUCAUGAUUUUACAAACCUCUAUAAGGUCACCUUAUGUUUCAUUAUGAUCAUCUCUCAUUCUUCUAAAUUCCAAUGAAUACACGUCCAGCAUAGACAUUGUUUACUGAUAAAAUAUCUUCCCAAGUAUGAUUUGAGUAAAUCUCUGCACUGUAACCAACAUAUUUGCAUUUUUUCUUAAAUCAGGAGACCAAAACUAUACACAGACUUCCAGAUAUGGUCUCAUAAACACUUUAUACAACAACUAGUGAAACAUCCCUAAUUUUAUGUUGCACUCUCCUUGCAAUUAUCAACCUUGCUAUUUGUUUGCUAUACCCAGAUCCCUCUGUACCACCAAGUUCACUCUGUGUCCAUUUGAAUAAGAUGUUGAUUUUUUUUAUUCUUCAUGCAAAAUUGGACAAGUUCACAUUAUUCCAUAAUACUCUAUCUGCCGUGUUUUUGCCCACUGACAACCUGUCUAUGUCCCUUUAUAGACUUUUUAUGUCCUCUUCGCGACUUAACCAGCUGACUUUAUUUCACACGACUUUUGAAGUGCUUCAGAUGUGGAAAGAUUUUCUAGAUUGAUUAUGGUCUGAACCUGGAACUUCUUUCUUCGAUUGGGGUGUUUUUGGGCUGAGACAUUCAUCUUCUUCCUCUUGGACUCUGAGCCUUGUGAUGUCUUGGUGCUGUGUGUUUGUUCAUCACUGAUCAAACAAGUCGAUGGUCUAUCCAGCAGCCACAGUCCCAUAUGGAUCGAAUGAUACAGACAUCAUAAUACUUUGACUUGGAUUUAAACCUUCCAGAGAAAUGUCCAACAUGGUCUUUGUUGCCAGAAAAGUCCAAGAAAAAUAUCAAGAGCAAUCUCAUGAACUUUUCUUAUAUUCAAUGACUUGACCAAAGUAUUUGACUUUAAAUCACGAGGCUACGUGGUUUUUGUUGCAACAGUUUUUACGUCCAAGAAACUUCCUUACAAAUAUGUAGUUAGGUGUAGUAUUCGAUAAUGAAGCUAACAGAUUGGUUAAACAGUCAAUUUUAAUUUUAUGUCACUGUAUUAAGAAAAAUGAAUUACAAUUAACCAUAAAUCUUAAUUGAGUUCUGCAUGCAUUGAGGUGUAAUAGUGGUUAAUCAGUUUAAAAUUUUGUAAUUUACAGAAAUGCAGGCAUAUGGCUGCAUUACUGAGUUAAAAGCAGAGUUUGGUAAUGCCUCAUCAUGCUGAAACAAUAGAUGACUCUGAAGGUAAGACUUGCAUUGAGGAGAAAAAACGGCUUCCCCAUGUGGCAUGGUAGACAGAGGGAGAGAGGAGACAAUGUUGACUGUGACCAAACCUCUAGUUACAGAGAGCACCAAAAAAAGCUGGAAAGUCAUUUCUUGAAGUUUCUUAAAUAUAGGUUUACUUUCUAAUAAAAUUCCUGGUUUUUCUA